AUGGGAAUCACUUGUCUUCCUAUAGAAUUGGAGACCAGGAUUCUUCAAUUGGCCCCGGAGUUGAGACUGGCAAACACUCACUACUUGUCGCUCUACAAUGACACCUUCCGUCAGCGACUUUUCGGAGAAUACGGGGCAGCAAUUGGCAAAGUGUUAGUGGCCAGCCACCUUGAGAUCAGAAACUACAUAAAAGGCUUCGAUUGUAUUAGGUAUCAUUCGCGGAAUGCUGUGGCUCGGGCCCUCGGUUUAGUCGAUGGUUGCGAGAUUGCUGGUGUCGAUGACUUGUUUGCGUCGCAACAUAUCCAGGACUCUUGGGAACUUAUCUACUAUUUGAUUAAGUAUCGCAAGAUCUUCUUCCAUAAGAAAGACUUUAUCAUCCAACAGAGUGACAAGUAUCAUUUUGAUGAUCAGCAGAAUGCUAUGUCGAUUGUCUGGUCAAAUUCUCUAAAGUUUAGCAAGAUGGUGUACCUUGGGCUGCUGCCCGGGAUGUACAAUUUGUCAAUUGGCCUUAUGUUGGAGUCCCCAGCCUACGGAUUAGGUACCACAAAAUUCCUGGUGGAAGUAUAUGAUGAUGAGGAGGAUAGUAGUAAAUUCCAUGCUCAUGACUUUUAUACCGCAUCGAUAAUUGAUGAUUUGGUACAGAAAAAUUCAUUCUUCGUGUUGAAUUUGGGAAGAUUCCCAGUACACCAAAAAGUAUCCCACCAACACCCUACCAAAGUCAGGUUAGUAAUGGAUGAGACAGGUUUGAAUGUCAAGGCAGGACUUAAGUUUUUCUAUGUUGAUUUAAAGCCACCAUCGAUAUACUUACAGGAUCAGUAUAUUUUCUGGGAAUUGACCACCCCAGCGGCUCAAAAGAGUAAAUUACAGUACCAGGACUUUGUGAAUGUUCUUGAAAAGCAAGCAUCAAUGAAGAUUAAUGAUUCAAUUGAUCGAAUAUUUGAAAAUACCUAUAACACAGAAUUUUCAAUCUUACAGCCACCAGAAGAAAGUCGAGCGACACUGGAUUCUCGUUCCAACCAUGAGCUUCAGCAGAUCACAGAACACUUUUGUGUUUAUUCCAAACUGAACGAGAUCUCGCGGAAGAUAAAGUUUGUCACGGUCAUUGGCCAGCGAGACUUUGAAGAGUCCAAAGACGCUAUUUAUAGCGAGAAAUUGGAAUUGGGAGAUGACCGGCAUAUUUUGAGAUGGCGAACCAAUUGGGGAUAA